AUGCGUGAAAGCAUGCCUUUUGAUCUAGUGUGUGCAGAUGCCUGGUAUGUUGACAUGUUCCAGGCCAUGCUCAGUGUUGGUUUCUUAGUGGGCAGCAUUGCAAUUGGAUACCUGGCAGACAAAUACGGCAGAAUGAAGAGUUUCCUAAUGACCAACUUCUUCAUCGGAGUAGCAGGGAUUCUGGUGGCCACGUCCCCUAAUUACAUCGCCCUGCUGGUGUUCAGAGUGCUCUUUGGCUUUGGGGUGAAGGGCGGCUGGAUGGUUGGAUACGUGCUAAUCACAGAGCUGGUUGGAGUGGAGUACAGGAGAACGGUGGGAGUGACCUAUCAGAUGUUCUUCAGCCUGGGCAUUCUCAUCCUUCCUCUCUUAGCGUACUUCAUACCGAAUUGGCGCUGGCUACAGGUGGUCUUCACCAUACCUUACAUCUGCUUCCUGACGUACUAUUGGUUUAUCCCCGAAUCACCAAGAUGGCUCCUUAGCCAAAACAAGAGAAACGAAGCACUAGAGAUCACAAAAGCAAUAGCCAAGGAGAACAAAAAGACACUGUCCAAGAAUACUGAGACACUGACUGAUGAAAAUACAGACUCAAUCUCGACUGCGUCUUUCAUGGACCUGUUCAAGACUUCCAAAUUGAGAAAAUUCACAUUCAUCCUGAGCUUCAACUGGUUCACCAGUGCUGUGGUUUACCAGGGUCUCAUUAUGAGGCUGGGAAUCCUCGGAGGAAACGUGUACGUGGACUUCCUCAUAUCUGGAAUCGUGGAAUUGCCUGCAGCUUUCCUCAUCCUCCUCACUAUUGAGCGGAUCGGUCGACGGCUUCCUUUUGCAGCUGCAAAUAUCGUGGCAGGGGCGGCCUGCUUAAUCACAGCGUUCAUCCCCGACAGUGGGUUAUCAUUUGAAGUUAUAAUUAAAUUUGACUGAAAAAAGGGAUUAAUGCUACUCUCUGAUGUUGUUUGGCUCAGAAAUCUGGGUGUUUCGGUCUGUUCCACACUGUGUGACAUUGGCGGGAUUAUAGCACCGUUCCUGCUCUACAGGCUUGCUGUCAUCUGGCUAGAACUACCUCUCAUUAUUUUCGGUGCUCUUGCGUUUGUGGCCGGUGGACUGGUUCUGCUGUUACCUGAAACCAAAGGUGUGCCUCUUCCAGAAACCAUUGAUGACAUUGACUGUCCAAACAGAAGCAAAGAAAACCAGCUGAAGAGGCAACAGCUAGAGAAUUUGCUGCCCUCUGAUGUGACAUCGAACAAAGAAGUUACAGCAGUCUGAUUGAGCUGAGACAGAAAACAGCAACCUCCUUAACUUUAUUAUUAAGUGAUGCUGCUUAUCCCUUCUCUUUUGAGGAUUUAAUCAAAAUAUACAAAUUGAAAUCAGUUUCUUAUUAAUCAACAAGUUUUGCCAUUCCAAUACAAGUUAAUGAACAAUUUGAAUCUUUUCAGACUUAAAAAUAUUAAUUUGAUUUAGUAAUAAAGGCAAAAAAAA